GUGGACGGCGGGGCUGUGGAGAGAGGGUCGUGUGGUGGACGCCAGUGGACAGUUGACAUCCGUGGCGGCGUGAGGGGGAGGUCGAUGAUGCCCGCGGUGAUCAGGGGGGAUGGGAUGCGAGGCUUGGCCAUCUUCAUAUCGGAUAUCAGGAACUGUAAAAGUAAAGAAGCAGAAAUAAAGAGAAUCAACAAGGAACUGGCAAACAUCCGCUCCAAAUUUAAUGGUGACAAGGCUUUGGAUGGCUACAGUAAGAAAAAAUACAUUUGCAAACUACUUUUCAUCUUCCUCCUUGGCCACGACGUUGACUUUGGUCACAUGGAGGCAAUCAAUCUGCUUAGCUCCAAUAAAUACACAGAGAAACAAAUUGGUUAUCUUUUCAUCUCGAUCUUAAUGAAUUCAAACAGUGAGUUGAUGCGUUUAAUAAACAAUGCUCUGAAGAAUGACCUCGCCAGCCACAACCAUGUCUUCAUGGGUCUGGCCCUGCAUUGCAUUGCGAAUGUUGGAAGCCAGGAAAUGGCAGAAGCGUUUGUUAGUGAGAUUCCAAAAAUACUUGUUGCUGGGGAUACUAUGGAAUCUGCAAAGCAAAGUGCUGCCCUAUGUCUGCUGCGAUUGUACAGGACAUCUCCUGAUCUAGUACCCAUGGGGGAAUGGACUAUGCGUGUGGUUCAUCUUCUGAAUGACCAGCAUCUGGGUGUUGUAACUGCUGCUACAAGUCUGAUCACCGCACUUGCACAAAAGAACCCUGAAGAGUUUAAAAUGUCUGUUUCCUUGGCCGUUUCAAGGUUGAGUCGGAUUGUUUCAUCUGCAUCAUCUGACCUCCAGGAUUACACUUAUUACUUCAUCCCUGCUCCAUGGCUUUCUGUGAAGCUGCUUCGACUGUUGCAGUGCUAUCCUCCUCCAGAGGACCGUGCUAUCCAAGGACGUCUGACCGAAUGCCUUGAGACCAUCAUGAACAAAGUUCAGGAGCCACCCAAAUCAAGGAAGGUGCAGUAUUCAAAUGCCAAGAAUGCUGUAUUGUUUGAGGCUAUUAACCUCAUCAUUCACUAUGAUAGUGAACCCAACCUACUUGUCCGUGCCUGUAAUCAGCUGGGGCAGUUCCUGCAGCAUCGCGAGACCAACCUGCGAUACCUGGCACUGGAGAGCAUGUGGCUGCUGGCCAGCUCCGAAUUCUCCCGUGAAGCGGUGAAGAUGCACAUCGGAACCGUCAUUAUUGCUCUCAAGACCGAGAGGGAUGUAAGUGUGCGACAGAGGGCAAUGGACCUGUUAUAUGGCAUGUGUGACCGGAGCAAUGCCCAGCAAAUAGUGUCUGAAAUGCUGCAAUACUUGGAAAAUGCCGAUUAUUCUAUCCGAGAAGAAAUUGUACUUAAAGUAGCAAUCCUAGCGGAAAAAUAUGCUAUGGACUACACUUGGUAUGUCGACACUAUCUUGAACCUGAUUAGAAUUGCUGGAGAUUACGUGAGUGAGGAGGUUUGGCAUCGAGUCAUUCAGAUCAUCAUCAAUCGCGAUGACGUGCAGGGUUAUGCAGCCAAGACAGUGUUUGAGGCCCUGCAAGCCUCUGCCUGCCACGAGAAUCUUGUGAAAGUGGGUGGAUAUAUCCUGGGAGAGUUUGGUAAUCUUAUUGCUGGUGAUCCAAGAUCCAGCCCCUUAGUACAGUUCGGCCUGCUUCACUCUAAGUUUCACCUGUGCAGCGUGGCCACGCGAGCUCUUCUGCUUUCGACUUACAUUAAGUUUGUGAACCUGUUUCCGGAGAUUAAGUGUACCAUUCAAGAUGUGCUGCGCAGUGACACCCAGCUGAGGAAUGCAGAUGUAGAACUGCAGCAACGGGCUGUUGAGUACCUGAGACUCAGUUCGAUAGCAAGCACUCCCAUUCUGGCAACUGUAUUGGAGGAGAUGCCACCAUUCCCUGAGAGGGAAUCUUCAAUACUCGCCAAGCUGAAAAAGAAGAAGGAAUCCGGCCUCCUAACUGACCUCGAGGAUGCAAAAAAGGAGCCUACUUCUGAUGUCAAUGGCGGUCCUGAAGUCAAUGUGGCAAAUAAGGGCCUGGCCUUUCAUUCCUCAUCAAUUGAUCUUAUGGAUGUUCGAUCAGUUCAUUUUCUGAAUUCACGUCCCUCAAAUCAGUCUGCAGGUGAUUUAUUGGUGGAUGUAUUCUCGGACAUAGAUGCUGGAGUCAUCUCUCAUGUGCCUGGGACUGAAGACAAUUUUGUGAGGUUUGUUUGUAAAAAUAGUGGUGUCUUAUUUGAGAACCAACUUUUACAGAUUGGUCUGAGAUCUGAGUUUAGACAGAACUUGGGUCGAAUGUAUGUGUUUUAUGGAAACAAAACUUUUGAUCAGUUCAACAGUUUCACCUCAGAAGUCAUCUGCCCCGGAAACCUCUCUGCUCAAUUGAAUAUUCAAACCAAGCCUGUGGAUUCCAUGCUUGAAGGUAGCACCCAGGUUCAACAAGUGCUAAACAUCGAGUGCAUCUCCGACUUUGUCAAUGCACCAUUUCUCAAUGUUCAGUUCAGCAGAUAUGAUGGAGAUCUUCAAAAUAUCUCUGUCAAGCUUCCCAUUACAUUGAAUAAAUUUUUCCAGCCCACGGAGAUGUCAGCUGAAGACUUUUUCCGCCGUUGGAAACAGCUAAGCAGCUCACUGCAAGAAGUGCAGCAGAUAUUUCAAGCUAAGAGUCCAAUGGAUUCAGAGAUAACAAAAGCAAAGCUUGUGGGAUUUGGUGUGGCACUUCUGGAUGGAGUGGAUCCAAACAGUGCCAACUUUGUGGGGAGUGGAAUCAUUCAAACAAAAACCGUGCAAGUUGGAUGUUUACUUCGUCUGGAACCAAACUCUCAGGCACAGAUGUAUCGUCUCACAUUACGAACCAGCAAGGAAGAUGUAUCAAAGAGGCUGUGUGAACUACUAGCAGAACAGUUCUAAAUAUCUGACCCAUAAAAUUAUUCUGCACAUAUCUGGACUGUGACUUAUUGGAAUAUGUCAAGAUCUAAUGUAAAUGCGAAUGAUUUAAUAUUCAGUACUAAUGGUGACGUUUCCAUUGUUUGCCUUGCAAUGCCAUGCCCUUCUAUUUCCACAAUUUGUGAGCAUGAGUAUGCAGGGUUGGCUAAUGAAGUCCAUUAUUGAAUGUUUGGCACUGCUGUGAUCUGUUUAUCUUUCCAGCUUUGCACUGCCCCAUUGUUGCCGAACUUGCACUUCACUUCGGAAACUCCGGGAGAGGGAAACUGGAUGCAACUGUGUUAUUCUCAGAGCCUUCCUUUUUCUCUUAAGCUGGCAACUGCGCAAUGCAGUCAGCAGUUUGCUGAAAAGAUGAGAUCAUUUACAAUUACUCUGAAUGUUCAGUCUGUUUAAGUUAAAAUAUUUAAAUUCUUCUGCUUAUUCAUCAUAAUGUGUGCAGGGAUGGAGGAGGGGACUGAGAAGGGAAACAUUUAAAAAAACAGACCACUUCUUUGAGCAGAUCCUGUGCGAUGAUUACUCCACGUUUAAAAUGAAGCAGUCCAACAGCAGGAUAUGCGGCAGGCAGUCCAGCAUAGUUCAGAAGAAGGGUUCCAAACCAAAACGGUACCUAUCCUUAUCCUUCAGAGAUGCUGCCUGCUUACUCCAGCACUUUGUGGCUAUCUUUGGUAUUUUUGGACGUCUCUGGUUUGGAUCAGCUCAGCCUCAAUUAGUUGAUAUUAAUUUGAGUUCAAUGCAGAAGAUUGUGAUGCAGAUUAAGUUAGUGCAUUGUCAACUAUGAACUAAAAUUGUUUAAUGUCACAGCUUAAUUUCAUCCAGUGUUCAGGAAUAACAAAUGAAACGUCAUUAUCAAUUAGUCCCAAUUGCAACUGUAUGUGCAAUUUGGGUGUCCAAUAUAAACGCUGAUGAUGUUGUAGAGUGUGACACACACACAGUGGUGCCAUAAUAUAUCAUAAGGGGUUUUGUUCCAUAAGAGCACUGAAGGCUAAGAGGAGAUUUUAUUAAAGUUAUUUCAUAAAACUACAA